UUCUCGCCUGUUCCAAUGGUUUUUCAGGGAUGACGCGUCUUCUUCUGCUGGCUCUCCUCACAUGCCUGACGUCCAGAGUUAUGGGGAAGAUAUUUGGACGGUGCGAACUGGCCCAGAUGUUGAAGGAAGCUGGCUUGGAUGGAUACCGUGGAUACAGCCUGGCGAAUUGGGUUUGCUUGGCCUUCUAUGAGAGCCACUUUAACACAGGACUGGUGGACCACGAAGCUGAUGGCAGCACCAGCAAUGGCAUCUUUCAGAUCAACAGCCACCUCUGGUGUGAUGACCUCAUGCAUCCCUCCCCGAACCUCUGUGAAGUGCACUGCUCCGAUCUGCUGACCAGUAGCCUCAAUGAUGACAUUACCUGCGCCAUGAGGAUCGUACAAACCCCAAGAGGCAUGGGGACAUGGAUGGCUUGGAGGAAUAACUGUGAAGGCCUUGAUUUGUCCCACUGGCUGAAAGGAUGUGAACUCUGAGAGUUGCUAUGUAGGAAAGAAGCAGGAAAUGGAAAGGACGUGGAAACGCUGGGUGUAAUCGCAUAACGUGCUCCAACGCUGCUGGCUUCUGGGAGCCGGACAGUCAGCAACACAUGGACAAAUCUGUUUCACGCUCUACGUAGACCCUCUUGCUGGGGAAAGGGAUUGCCGUUCCGGGAGCGAGAAUCCGAUCUUGCGAUAUAAAAAAAAAUAUUUAUUCA